CAUAAUCCUGUAUCCAAUCAGUCUUUUAAAUUGUCGGUGUCCACGUGAUAGUUUGCCGGUGUCUUUUUGCCCGAACACGCCAUUCGUCAAAAUGGAUCCAAAACGGCAGAUUACAUCGGGUAAAUUCAUCAACCCGUUCAGAGCGAACUGUCAGUCAUCAGCUGCUUCAAGCAACAGUUGUGAAUUUGGCUCCAACAAAUAUUUUGCGCUGUGUGGAUUUGGAGGUAUCCUUAGCUGUGGUCUCACCCAUACAGCUCUUGUACCCCUUGAUUUAGUAAAAUGCAGAAUUCAAGUAGAUCCAGCAAAGUACAAGGGUAUUGUCAAUGGAUUCAAGCUGACUUUAGCAGAAAAUGGAACAAGAGGUCUUGCUCUAGGGUGGGCACCUACUUUGAUUGGGUACUCAAUGCAAGGACUCUGCAAGUUUGGCUUCUAUGAGGUUUUCAAGAGUGUAUACAGCAACAUGCUUGGAGAGGAAAAAACAUUUUUGUGGAGAACAUCCCUCUACCUUGCUGCUAGCGCAUCAGCUGAGUUCUUUGCAGACAUAGCACUGUGCCCCAUGGAGGCUGUAAAAGUGCGUAUUCAAACACAGCCUGGAUGGUGCACAACUCUCCGUGAGGGUGUACCAAGGAUCAUGAAAGAGGAAGGAAUUAGUGGUUUCUACAAGGGCCUUGUACCACUUUGGUGCAGACAGAUCCCCUACACAAUGAUGAAAUUUGCCUGCUUUGAGAGGACUGUGGAGGCGCUGUACAAAUAUAUUGUGCCCAAACCCAGGAGUGAAUGCAACAAGACCGAGCAACUGAUGGUCACAUUUGUAGCUGGCUACAUUGCUGGUGUAUUCUGUGCCGUUGUGUCUCACCCUGCUGACACCAUUGUGUCCAAACUGAACCAGGCUAAAGGAAGCACAGCUGCCCAGGUAGCCAAGCAACUGGGCAUGAGAGGAUUAUGGAUGGGACUCGGACCCAGGAUCCUCAUGAUUGGAACCCUCACUGCACUGCAGUGGUUUAUCUACGAUUCUGUCAAGGUCUACUUCAGACUGCCCCGCCCACCACCACCAGAGAUGCCCGCAUCUCUGAAAAGUAAAUUAGGCAAAACUGAUUAACGUGUCAAGACAUUAGGAAAAAACAGUGAAUAAGGAGAAGGGGUGUGAUAAGAAUUCUGCAACAACUUCUGUGAUGGAAUACGAACAUUUGUUUUGAAGUGAUUGUGUAAAUUUUUAACAUCAAGUUUCGAAAUAUGGCAAGGAAAGGUUUGGUAUCAUCAAGUUCAUUAGUUGAUAGGUAACACAUUUUAUGUUACUUUAUAUUGACACUAUUUCCCUUUUUGGUCUUUCAAACCUGAGGGGCUACAUAUGUUUUGUUUUAUUUGUGUUAUAAUCUUGAAAUUCAAGCAUACAGGUUUUUUGUUUUGUUAUUAAUGCAGUGUUACUAUUCAUGAAAAGGUUUGCAAGUUUCACUUUAAUACCACAGUAAAUCAAAACUUUGGGUGAACAUAUAGUAUCUUAUUUCACUGUACACAUAAGUUGACACCUGUAUUUACUUCGUGUGCAAACGAACGAUUUGUCAGAUUUGCUGGUCAAUCAUCAGGUCAGUGUUAAAAUUGACAAGGACUUGAAUAUUUAUAUUAAAAUGUGUUUGGAAAAUGUUGAUUUGCCAUGUUUAUUUUUAUAAUCAACAGUAGAUCUGCUAAUGUCUAGAUUAUUGUGAUACCUCCGGGACCUAACAGUUGGUGUGGUGUUUUCUGUAGACAUUUGUGAGGUGAAAGGAAUGGAGAAUUCUGAACGAGUUAAUAAAUAACAACUAAAACUUUUA